AGAUUAGUGAUGUUGAUUUCAGAGAAUAUAAAGGGUGGAGCCGGGUUUCUCGAUAGAACGGUACAAGCAAAUUAUACAGAGGGUGCAGAAGAAGAAAUUCCCCCCUGCUUCCACGGAGUAGUAGUGCAAAUGUAUAAACUUAGAGACUAGGAAGAAGAUAUAUAUACAUUGUGCAUCUGUCAAGCUCGCUUAACAAUGGGAAGGCAGCCGUGCUGUGACAAGGUAGGGUUGAAGAAGGGCCCAUGGACGACCGAUGAGGACAGAAAACUUGUGAAUUUUAUUUCCGUGCACGGCCAUGGAUGCUGGCGCGAAGUGCCGAAACUUGCAGGCCUGCUUCGAUGCGGAAAGAGCUGCAGAUUGCGCUGGACGAACUACCUACGCCCGGAUUUGAAGCGCGGAUUGCUCUCUGAAUCUGAAGAGAAGCUCAUCAUCGACUUACAUGCUGCCAUAGGGAACAGGUGGUCGCGAAUCGCUGCUCAGUUGCCUGGGAGGACGGACAAUGAGAUAAAGAACUACUGGAACACGCGGAUCAAGAAGAAGCUCCGGCAAAUGGGAAUCGACCCUGCGACGCACAAGCCCCUGAGCCAAAUGCACGCGGACUACCCCCAGGCAGACCCGCCGCGACAAGAACAGGACGAUACGGCGGACAAGCCUGAGAAGAAUAAUGAGAACACAAAAGUGGCCGAGGGUGAACAAUCUGGAACAAUGCCGGCAGCUUCUAAUUCUUUGAGUGUGGAGGAUUCGAUGCAUUGUUUGAUGAAUGUGUGCACGCCGACCAGUGCGAUGUGCAUUUCUCCAUCGGAUUCCGAUGAAUCCAUCGUUGUCGAUAACACUCCCAAUACCUUCGUCACUAAUUGUAAUCCCCUGUCUUCUGCUGCUUCUGUGGACAACUAUGAUAUUAGUAGUCAUAGCUGUAAUUCCUCUGUUACAAAGCCUGACCUUUGGCAUGAGAUGGGAGUGUUGAGUAGCAAUGGUGUCACUCCCACUGCAGAAUGGAAUGAUUUGGAGUUGUGGAGUGAGGGUUUGGAUGGUGUGGGAGAGUCUGGUUGGAUUCAGCACUGCCAUUGGAGCGACAUGGAUAACUCCGCCGAUUUUUCUGAGUUGCAGCGACUGGCUUCUUUGCUUGAGGAAAUGUGAAGCCCCCAAAAUGGAUUGUACAGGGAGUUCUAAAGACAUUAAAAAAUAUAUAUAAAGAUGGAUAUGAAUGAAAGUUUGUAUAUGUCAAUUCAUUCUUUUCAUCGCUCAUGUGUUCUCCUGUAAUCAUUUGUUGUGUACUAUGAAUGAAAAUAGUGCGAAAUACGUAAUAUUGAUAAAAUCUAUUUCUCGGA